AUGUAUUUGUCAACCAACCAAUUAAUCAAUUUUUCUUCGACUAGUUAUGCCUGUCAAUUAUUUUUUUUCUCUCUCUUUUUAGUGCAAAACGUAGCAAGGCUCUCGUCGCAAGCCUCUAACGCGUGCCUCGCGUCGCAAGCUACGCACGCAAACCUCUCGUCGCAAGCCACUCACGCAAGCCUCUCGUCGCAAGCCUCUAACGCAAGCCUCCCGUCGCAAGCCACUCACGCAAGCCUCUCGUCGCAAGCCUCUAACGCAAGCUCUAACGCAAGCCUCUCGUCGCAAGCCACUGACGCAAGACUCUUGUCGCAAACCACUCACGCAAGCCUCCUGUCGCAAGCCACUCACGCAAGCCUCUUUGUCGCAAACCACUCACGCAAGCCUCCUGUCGCAAAACCACUCACGCAAGCCUCUCUUCGCAAGCCUCUAACCAAGCCUAUCGUCGCAAACCACUCACGCAAGCCUCUCGUCGCAAGCCUCUCACGCAAGCCUCUUGUCGCAAACCACUCACGCAAGCCUCUCGUCGCAAACCUCUCACGCAAGCCUCUUGUCGCAAACCACUCACGCAAGCCUCUUGUCGCAAACCACUCACGCAAGCCUCUCGUCGCAAGCCUCUCGUCGUUACUCACGCAAGCCUCUCGUCGCAACAAGCCUAUCGUCGCAUACUACUCACGCAAGCCUCUCGUUGCAAGCCUCUCGUCGCAAGACUCUCGUCGCAAGACUCUAAAGCAAGCCUAUCGUGGCAAGCUACUCACGCAAGCCUCUCGUCGCGUAAGCCUCUCGUCGCAAGCCUAUCGUCGCAAAGCCUAUCGUCACAAGCUACUCACGCAAGCCUCUUAUCGCAAACCACGCACGCAAGCCUCUCGUCGCAAACCACUCACGCAAGCCUCCGUCGCAAGCCUCUCACGCAAGCCUCUUGUGGCAAACCACUCACGCAAGCCUCUUUGUCGCAAACCACUCACGCAAGCAUCUCGUCGCAAGCCUCUAACGCAAGCCUCUCGUCGCAAGCUACUCACGCAAGCCUCUUCGUCGCAAAACCCUAUCACUCUCGUCGCAAGACUCUCGUCGCAAGACUCUCGUCGCAAGACUCUAAAGCAAGCCUAUCGUGGCAAGCUACUCACGCAAGCCUCUCGUCGCAAGCCUCUCGUCGCAAGCCUAUCGUCGCAAGCCUAUCGUCACAAGCUACUCACGCAAGCCUCUUAUCGCAAACCACUCACGCAAGCCUAUCGUCGUAAACCACUCACGCAAGCCUCUCGUCGCAAGCCUCUAACGCAAGCCUCUAACGCAAGCCUCUCGUCGCAAGCCACUGACGCAAGACUCUUGUCGCAAACCACUCACGCAAGCCUCCCGUCGCAAGCCACUCACGCAAGCCUCUUGUCGCAAACCACUCACGCAAGCCUCCCGUCGCAAGCCACUCACGCAAGCCUCUCUUCGCAAGCCUCUAACGCAAGCCUUUCCAAGCCUAUCGUCGCAAACCACUCACGCAAGCCUCUCGUCGCAAGCCUCUCACGCAAGCCUCUUGUCGCAAAACCACCACGCCAAGCCUCUCGUCGUAAAGCCUCUCACGCAAGCCUCUUUGUCGCAAACCACUCACGCAAGCCUCUUGUCGCAAAACCACUCACGCAAGCCUCUUGUCGCAAACCACUCACGCAAGCCUCUCGUCGCAAGCCUCUCGUCGCAAGCUACUCACGCAAGCCUCUCCCUAUCGUCGCAUACUACUCACGCAAGCCUCUCGUUGCAAGCCUCUCGUCGCAAGACUCUCGUCGCAAGACUCUAAAGCAAGCCUAUCGUGGCAAGCUACUCACGCAAGCCUCUCGUCGCAAGCCUCUCGUCGCAAGCCUAUCGUCGCAAGCCUAUCGUCACAAGCUACUCACGCAAGCCUCUUAUCGCAAACCACGCACGCAAGCCUCUCGUCGCAAACCACUCACGCAAGCCUCCCGUCGCAAGCCUCUCACGCAAGCCUCUUGUGGCAAACCACUCACGCAAGCCUCUUGUCGCAAACCACUCACGCAAGCCUCUCGUCGCAAGCCUCUAACGCAAGCCUCUCGUCGCAAGCUACUCACGCAAGCCUCUCGUCGCAAGCCUAUCCAAGCCUAUCGUCGCAUACUACUCACGCAAGCCUCUCGUUGCAAGCCUCUCGUCGCAAGACUCUCGUCGCAAGACUCUCGUCGCAAGACUCUAAAGCAAGCCUAUCGUGGCAAGCUACUCACGCAAGCCACUCGUCGCAAGCCUCUCGUCGCAAGCCUAUCGUCGCAAGCCUAUCGUCACAAGCCAUACACGCAAGCCUCUUAUCGCAAACCACUCACGCAAGCCUAUCGUCGUAAACCACUCACGCAAGCCUCUCGUCGCAAGCCUCUCACGCAAGCCUCUUGUCGCAAACCACUCACGCAAGCCUCUCGUCGCGAACCACCACGCAAGCCUCUUGUCGCAAAACCACUCACGCAAGCCUCUUGUCGCAAGCCUCUAACGCAAGCCUCUUGUCGCAAACCACUCACGCAAGCCUCUCGUCGCAAACCACUCACGCAAGCCUCUUGUCGCAAACCACUCACGCAAGCCUCUCGUCGCAAGCCUCUCACGCAAGCCUCUCCCUCCCGUCGCAAAGCCACUCCUCAAGCCUCUUGUCGCAAACCACUCACGCAAGCCUCUCGUCGCAAGCCACUCGUCGCAAGCCUCUCACGCAAACCUCUCGUCGCAAGCCUCUCGUCGCAAGCCUCUAACGCAAGCCUCUCGUCGCAAGCUACUCACGCAAGCCUCUCGUCGCAAACCUCUCGUCGCAAGCCUUUCGUCGCAACCUACUCACGCAAGCCUCCCGUCGCAAGGCUCUCGUCGCAAGCCUCUAACGCAAACCUCUUGUCGCAAGCUACUCACGCAAGCCUCUCGUCGCAAACCACUCACGCAAGCCUCUUGUCGCAAGCCACUCACGCAAGCCUCUCGUCGCAAGCCUCUCACGCAAGCCUCUCGUCGCAAGCCACUCGUCGCAAGCCUCUAACGCCAAGCCUCCCGUCGCAAGCCUCCCCGUCGCAAGCCUCCCGUCGCAAGCCUCUCCCUCUAACGCAAACCUCUAACGCAAGCCUCCCGUCGCAAGCCACUCACUCAAGCCUCUUGUCGCAAACCACUCACGCAAGCCUCUCGUCGCAAAGCCACUCGUCGCAAGCCUCUCACGCAAGCCUCUCGUCGCAAGCCUCUCGUCGCAAGCCUCUCGUCGCAAGCUACUCACGCAAGCCUCUCGUCGCAAUCUACUCACGCAAGCCUCUCGUCGCAAGCCUCUCGUCGCAAGCCUCUCGUCACAAACCACUCACGCAGGCCUCUCGUCGCCUUAAAGCCUAUCGUCGCAUACUACUCACGCAAGCCUCUCGUCGCAAGCCACUCACGCAAGCCUCUCGUCGCAAGCCUCUCACGCAAGCCUCUCGUCGCAAGCCUCUCGUCGCUAGCCUCUAA